GAGGGGGAUUAUGAGGAAACGUUUAGUUGGGAAAGCUUUUGACAUGAUUUUGGGGAUAUCUAUGAGUGAUAACAGGGAGGGCUAUGAGAAGUUCUGGGAGAAUUUUGGCAAACAUUUGAAACUGGGUUGUAUUGACGAUAGUGAGAAUCACAAACGCAUCGCUCCAUUGCUUAGGUUUUUCUCAUCCCAAAGUGAAGAAGAACUGAUCAGCUUGGAUGAAUAUGUUGAGAACAUGAAGCCUGAUCAAAAAGAUAUUUAUUACAUUGCAGCCGAUAGUGUGAAUAGUGCAAAGAACACACCUUUCUUGGAGAGACUUGCAGAGAAGGAUCUUGAAGUACUAUUUCUGGUGGAUCCAAUUGAUGAGGUUGCUAUUCAAAACCUCAAGUCAUAUAAGGAAAAGAAUUUUGUUGAUAUUAGCAAGGAAGACUUGGAUCUAGGUGAUAAUAAUGAAGAAAGGAAAAAGGAGAUGAAACAGGAAUUUGGCCAAACUUGUGACUGGAUUAAGAAACAUUUGGGGGAUAAAGUUGCAAGUGUGCAAAUUUCAAAUAGACUAAGCUCUUCACCCUGUGUUCUGGUGUCAGGAAAAUUUGGUUGGUCUGCAAACAUGGAAAGGUGGGUCUUCCUUUCUAUCAUAUACUUAAUGACAAAUUUUGAGGAUUUUACAUAACAAAUUAACAAUGUGCUCUAUGUAUUUUUCAGGCUGCAUUCAAAACAAACCCUAAUGAUCAAAAUGCCCUCAGAGCUAUUGACCUUCUCUAUGAUGCAGCUUUGGUUUCCAGUGGUUUUACACCUGAUAAUCCAGCGCACCUUGGAGGGAAGAUAUAUGAGAUGCUGGGUAUGGCUCUGACCGGUAAAUGGUCUACGUAUUCUGGUCAGUCUCAUCCCGCAGGAACCCAGCCCCAUGUCCCUGAAACCGUAGAAGCUGAGGUGGUUGACCCUGCUGAGGCAAGCAGUCAGAAAUGAUCAAG